UUUCAUAUCUUGUCAAAAGUGUCGGCCAUGGCCAAGUUUGAAGCUUCCGCAGCCGUACUUGUCAUAUUCUUGGCUUCCUCAAUCGCCAUUCAGUGUGCCUCAGGUGAGCUUGUGUGUGAAAACCUGCCGGCGGACGUCUGCACCUUCGCAAUAUCGUCGUCCGGAAUGCGGUGCGUUCUGGAGAAGUACAGGCGUGGCGGAGAGGUGAAGUAUGAGUGCAAGACGUCGCAGGUGAAGGCGGAGAACAUGGCGGAGUGGAUUGAAACGGAUAAGUGCAUCGAUGCGUGCGGAGUUGACCGGAGUUUGGUUGGCAUCUCCUCCGACUCGCUGCUCAAUGUUGAGUUCCUCAGCAAGCUUUGCGCUGCUCCUUGCUACAAGGAUUGCCCUAACAUUGUCGACCUCUACUUCAACCUGGCCGCAGCCGAAGGUGCUUUCCUUCCCAAGUUGUGCGAGGCUAUCCAAUCAAAUCCUCGACGUGGUAUGAUGGAUGUGUUCCUGUCUGGUUUUACCGAUGGUGAUGCAGCGGCACCAGCAUCUGCACCCGCACCGGCAUCCAUGUCUACACCAUGAUCAUUGUUAGCUAUGGCCUUACGUAAAAUAUUUACCGUCCUAAUUUGUAUUUUUUUUUCUUUUUGAGUAUCUUGUAAGCAAUAAAUUGGCC